AUGGGGAGUCCCCAGGUGAGCCAAACUCACACAAAGAGUUUCAAUGGGAGGCCGAAAAUAAAGGAUGCAUGUGGUGAGAGAGAGACAAGGACAAUCAAGGGACAGUUCGUCCAUCCCGAAGGAGGAGAUCAUUUUCCAAACGAUGAACUAGACAAGUCUCCAAAUCUUUCCUCGCGCGGGUGUAGAAGGGAACAGUUCAUGAACGAGAAGGCAACAACGCGACCGUCCGACCGAGUUAAAUGUGCACACCUGAGUGGUUUUUUUAAGAAAGCCAGGGGGCACAAAAUCAAUUUUCCAGCACGUGCAAAGGUGAAGGGGACCCCCCGGCCGGAUAACUUCGCCACAUCGAUAUGUUGGGAGGCUCACGUGGAUGGGCAGGCUGAAGCAGGACGUUUAAGUAGACACUCCAUCGGGGAGGAUUGCGUGAGGGGAGGGUCAUCGAAUGGAAGGCAUCCUCUUAGGGAAGACAUUCACCGUGACUCCCCACCUGAUGGGAAGCAAAAACAUAUCCUCUGUGAAAACCUCUUCUAUGGGAAACCCACCCAGGGGAAUAUCCAAAAUGGGAGAGGGCCAGAAAAGUCGUCCCCCCUAAAGGAGCUCCCCGGCGUGAACGGACGACUCACAUAUGAUGAUACAACAGAGAGGCGUCAAUCGAUAAAAGAAAAUAAUCAGACACGUGCAAAUUUAAUGAAUGCCAAAAGAAUCUCAUCGAUGAAAUUGAAGAAGCAAUCCUGUGAUGAGCUAACCAGACUGUCCGACGAAGUACCCAACUUGGAAAGGGCGGACACACAAAAAAACCAAUCGGUGCAUGUAAACUCUCAUCAAUCUGAAGUACAGAAAAAUGGUGACGCUCCCAACAAGGAGAAUAGAAACCCUCCACAUGGGGAAGUAAGACACAAAUUCAGCCUCAUUCAUAUUUAUAAUGACUACCUGAGGAGCGGGUCAAGAUGGUCUCGACAGCUUGCACGGAAGAAGGCGUUCGGUCAAUCAGCGAUCCCUGGGUCGGCCACAGCUCCUAACAGCGAAAUGGGCAAUCCCGAUGGGCUGCCACGCAGUCGAUUAGGCAGCGGGGCAACUGAGCGGUCUACUAUCCCCCCCGCUGAUCCCCCAACGAACAGCUCCCCCACCAGAGCAGCGAGCAGAAGCAGCCGCUUCAAGAAGAACAAGUUGGUGAAGCUCUUCCGGGAGGGAAACAACCUCUACGUGGAGAAUCUUAAAGUAUGUCCCCGUGAGGAAAGGCACAGACAUGUUCUGUCUAACUGGAGCAGCGGAAAGAUUAGGAGGAGACGCAUCUUGACUCUCCCCAAAGAACCCAUUCCCUUGAGCGAUUUGGAAAAUCCCCAAUAUAAGGUGACCAGUAAUUCGCACCUGCCAAGAGUACAGACAGGAAAAGAAGACGAAGAUGUCCAUUUUUUAAAAUUUCAAAAUACAUGGUAUGAGCUUUUUUUCUACACCAGCAGUGGUGGUAGCAGAAGCAGGGAAAGUCUCUACAGCCACAUGAUCAUGAGGCUUAACUUCGAGCUGCUGAUUCAGCCCAUAAAAGAUAUUGUCUUGGUUGAUCAGAAUACCGCCUCGUUUACUUACCCCUACAUUUAUAACGCUUAUUUGAUUCCACCUCUGGAUGUUCACGACACGGGAAACUCGCUCCGAAUUCAGAAGGCGACAAGCGACCAUGCGCUCAUAAAUAAUGGCUCUUGGGUGUUUUUCAAAAAGGGGGAGAAAGGGAGGGGCCGCAAGGGGGUGCAGCGACGGAUGGCAACUGGAGGGGGAGUAAAUGGCGUGGACGCCAGCGCGAUAAGCGGUCGGCCGGCUAACUACCUCAUAAACAUGCGGCGAAACAGAUACUUCGUCGAUAAAUGUUCCUUCAGGUGCGCCAAGAAAAGUUACUUCGCCUCUUUGAAAAGUGUUCCUGCUCAGCAUGGGGUGGUUUCCUCAUUCAGUGCAGUGCCGUCCCCUGUUGUUGGUGUUACUUCUCCCCUAGUUUAUCCCACCAAACGGGGAAUCGACCCUCUUUUGGGCGCACAACGGACGGAGGCGAGAAUCACUAUUUCCAGGGACAUUACUACUGAUCAGGUGAAGAGGCUUCCCGUUUCGGGGAAGAUCCUAACAGGGGUGGUGCCGAUCAGCGGCGCGAAGUCCGGCGGCAGACAGAACACGCAUGUGAAUGGGCGUCAAAUGGGGAAUCUCAUUAAGAUUGAUUCACUAAAACGGGGCACCACUGUGAAAGACGACACUACAACGGAGAAGUUCCACUUAGGACAGAGGAAGGUCGUCCCGCCGAGAAACACCCUCUUCGACUGCUCAUGUGUCUAUAUGACCUAUCUUAACAGCAAGAUAGAACCCGUCUUUCCGUACACAGAUAAAAAUAUCUUUUUCCUCUUCCAGUAUUACCACAAUUAUAUCAAGGGGGUGGUCAACUAUUUCGGGGAUGAUAAGAAGGAGCAGGGCAGCAGAACGGCCAACUUCGCCGAUGUGAACAAUUUUAAAAUACGCAAUUUUAUAAACUCCAAACUGUACGACUCCGUUUUCAGUUACGUGAAGAAGAAAAAUCUGGAGAAGGUAAAGGCGUACACAGAGGGAGGGAAGAAGGGGUCCCCCCAAGUGCCCAUAUUCCUAUGGGUCAUUUUUGGAGGGAAAGAUAUGAAAUCGAUGGACUCACUAAACAUCGUUUAUAAGAUUCUCCGGUACGCCACAGAGAUACCUCCGUCUGAAUAUAUGAGAUAUUUGGCCAAAUUGGAAAGGAGGAAAAUAAAAAAGAAUCUGCACACCAUGGGGUGCAAGAAGAAGGAAGGGGCCUAUCCCGGGGGGGAAGAGCAACAGAAAGGACCCCCAAAGAGGGGCAUUCCACCUGAACAGGAACAUGACUCAGAAAAUGAGUUCUUCCCCAAUUUAGCAACUCACCGUAAUGGAAGCGGGAGAAAGGAACGAAACAGCGGGAGGUCCACGAGGAGAAGAAAGGAAAAGAAAAAAUCUCCCAAAUUGCCCAAAUUGCCCCAAUUGCCCCUAAAUAUCUUCUUCCAGAAAAAUUUGUACAAAAAGGCUACCGAAAUAUACGACCGAAUUGUGGCGUACUACGAACAGUACAGUCAGAGGUGUGACGCGUUUGGGCCUCACAACUAUGGCAACUUUUUGGACUACUACAGGGAGAGGGUGCGGGAAUCCCGUGGGGACAGCGAGGAGGAGGAUUCCCAGCGGGGGCGAGGCCAUCAUGGGGGAGAUCACCUUGGGAAGAGCCCCCACGACACGGAUGAGGACGAGAAGGAUGCGUACGACUUCUUCAUAGAACCAAGUGACAGCGAAGCGGACGAGCUGUUGGAUUUCAUUUCUUACCACAUGCAAGGAAGGAACCCUUCGUUUGAAAAAAGCGGGGGGGAAGUAAAAGAAGGCAAUCUGAAUUACACCGACAUAUACGGGCCGCUAAUCUACAAGAAGAGGAAAAAGAAAAACCCAGUUAGGUAUUCCUUUCUGCUCCUGGACUACCCCGCGUAUAACAACAGCACGGGCCACCCCUCGCCCCUGACGUUCAAGACAAGUGCGCUGGCGGCGCUGAAGGAGGCCUUGAAAGAACUUCGCAGGGGGGGGCACCCUAGUGGUGAAAACGGCGUUAACAGCGUUGGCGGGGAAAGCGGCAUUAGCAGCGCUACUGAUGGUAGCCGAAUUAACCUCGUCGCCAAUCGUAGACGAAUAAACCGCGUCGCCGAUCGUAGCCGAAUUAACCACGCCGACAUAUCCAUCAACAUCCUGGGGUACUCUCUCGGGUGCUGCGUCGGGCUGCAGCUACUUCUCGACAUUGCGAAGAGCCUCUACAACGACUUCUUCCAAGGAGAGAGCAAGACGCCAUUUCAUCGAAAGGAAAGGGAACCCAUUAGGGAACCCCCAAACGAGGGAAACGAUCUCUCCAUCAAGCUAAGAAGUAGGAGGACCAACAAAGUUAAUGAGUACGUUUAUGACGCGCGGGAAAUAUUAACCUUUGGGGAUGUCUUUGUGAGUACACCUUCUUCCUCAGCCACUCAGGCGCAAACAGAAGGGGAUCCACAGGCAAGUACCCAAGAGGAGAAAGACAAAGAAGAUGAUCUGAAAGACGAAACAUUUAGGAAACACCCCCCCUAUGAAACACAUUCCUGGGCAGAGAUACACCAACGGAGAAGCAGUCACUACUGUUGCAGCGUUACCAGCUAUCAAAAAAGGAAUAAACUUAAACUCAGGAUUCACAGAAAUGCCCCAAAAAAAGUCAGCGUAAAUGAAAGCCUGCAAAGUGUAAAGCAACGAAAGAAAGAGGCGGAAAAAAAAUUACGUGACGAAUUAAACAUAACGGUCGAUAGAGUAAUCCUAGUUGCACCCUUCACAAACACGCAGAAGUUGGUGAAAAGCAUCUUGAGAAAUAGUGUGCUAUUCUUACUUAGCUGGUUUGUGAUGAAUAAGAAGUGCCCCUAUGUCGACUGGGACAAUAUCUCCGUGCUAAAAGAAUUUUUUAAAAUACUAUACGACUUAAAGGGAACAAAACAUUUGAGUAGCAUCUUUUCCAAUUUGCAAAUUUAUUUUAUCCAUGGAGAGAAAGACACACUGGUCAAUUACCAAAUGAGUUUGCAGUUAUAUAAGCUUACAAACACACUUACGUCAAGAUAUGCCUUACAUCAUGUUAAAUCUUUUCUUUAUAUUUUCAAGGAGGACUGUCAUUCGUCUAUCUUUAACACUGAGGGAGAAAAUAAGAUUCUGCAAAUUAUUUUUAAGCCCCUCCGAUUGCACCCCUUCAGCACAACGAACAUACACAAAUUGCAUUUCAGUCUGUACAGGGACAUUUAUCUGUUGAAGACGGCCUACCUGCAGUACAUCUCUGGGGUGACGUCUAAGUUGGUUCGUACGUGA